AUUAGUUGUAGCGGGCCUUAGUGGUGAAGUCCGGUACAAACCGGCGCUGUAAAAAGACGCCUGGAUUUUAAGUUUCACCGUCUUCUAUGUAUGAGUUCAUGAACUCAUAGCAUGAACUCAUAGAAGUGGAAGCUUCUAUUCUUUAGAACCGCCACUUCUCAUUCUUUCGCUUUGUGUAGCGACUUCACCUCCAUCGUUUCACCAUAAACUUCCAAUCCAAGAUGCAUAUUACCGAGAUCUAUAUCAAGAUUUAGAACUUACUUGUGUAGUUUUUUUUUUCCUUAGUAGUCCACAAUGGCCCACGUUCCGAUAUCAGAUCAGUCCAAGCACGACGCUCAAGUCGUCUCGGAACACCUCCCGCCUGGAUAUUCGGCCGAAUUUGUUGGAGUAACCGGGAGUUCUGCUGGUGCAUCGUCCUCGAGCCCGGACCCGACAGAUCAAGAAUUAGGCGAAUCCUCGCUAAAGCUCCAGGGAGGUGACAUACACCGAGACCUCUUCAAGACCGCUGCUCGGGCCAAGAUGCAUGAGCGGGUGCAUAAGCGGGCUGCAACUUUCCACUACCCCCAAGAUAUUAUAGAGGAAACCGGGCCCGACGGUUUGACCGUAAGCGACCAAUUAGCUCCGGGAGGCUUCCGCAGAGCUUUCAUACGGCAAACGAAGCAGCGCGAUAUGUGGGCUGCUAGGGUCCCUGUCACUAGGAAUUUCGUUGAAUUUUUGGAGCUGUACGGGAGCUUUGCUGGAGAAGAUCUUGAGGAUUCGGACGAUGAGGCAAUACUCUCCGAGGAAGAAAGAGAAGAAGAGGAAGAGCCAAGCGAGACGAGACCGCUUCUUGGGCGGCGGAGGGCUUCGCGUGCACAGCGCUCCGCUACCGCCAGCACCAAACAGACCUUCUUUACCCUAUUAAAGGCUUUCAUUGGGACCGGAAUCAUGUUUCUUCCCAAGGCCUUCAACAAUGGUGGCAUACUAUUCUCCUCUUUGACCAUGCUGGCUGUCUCCACCGUCACCAUGUUGGCGUUCCACUUACUUCUCGCCUGUAAGGCAAAGUACGACGGUGGUUAUGGAGAGAUUGGCCAUGCAGUAGCAGGAAAGUUCAUGCGCGGAUUGAUAUUAUUCUCUAUCACUAUGUCGCAGCUGGGGUUCGUCUGUGCUGGCAUGGUGUUUGUAGCCGAGAACAUGUCCUCUUUUCUGAAGGCCGUUCUGCACGGCGACAGUCCGUUAUCCCCCACGUCUUUAAUUCUCAUACAGCUCAUCCUUCUCAUACCCCUGGCGUUUAUACGGAACAUAGCGAAACUCGGUCCUGUUGCACUUCUUGCAGAUGCUUGCAUCUUGCUUGGUGUAACUUACAUCUAUUACUACGACAUUGCACACCUUGCAUCCAAUGGCAUUCAUGAAAGUGUCGUCCUCUUCAACCCGGCGAAGUACACCUUAACUAUCGGGGCAGCUAUUUUCACAUUUGAAGGCAUCGGCCUCAUUCUUCCAAUCCAGUCAUCUAUGACCAAACCAGAGCGUUUCGAGUGGCUUCUUGGUACGGUUAUGUUCAUCGUCACAGUUCUCUUCACUGCUGUUGGCGCUCUCUGCUAUGCUACCUUCGGCGAAAACACCGAAAUUGAAAUCAUCAAUAAUUAUCCCCAAGACAGCAAGUUUGUCAAUGCGGUACAAUUCCUCUACUCGCUCGCGGUCCUUGCUGGAACUCCCGUCCAGCUAUUCCCCGCCAUCCGUAUCAUCGAAGGUAGAAUUUUUGGCUCUCACUCGGGUAGGAAGAGCGUCCGCACGAAGUGGAUCAAGAAUGCGUUCAGGAUGUUAAUGGUUCUUGGGUGCGGAGCGUUUUCGAUAGUGGGUGCUUCUAACCUUGACAGGUUCGUCGCGUUGAUCGGGUCCGUUGCUUGUGUCCCGUUGGUCUACAUUUAUCCAGCAUAUCUACAUUAUAAAGGCGUUGCAACAUCGUGGGAAGCUAAGGUUGGAGAUAUCAUAUUUGUGGUAGUUGGAGUUGUUGCUAUGCUCUACACAACCGUCAUCACCGUCGUCAACAGCUUCAUGAGCUGAGCGUCUGUUUAUCGAUCUACUGUUGGAUAUACACGGCCGGAAGCGAAUAUGAAAAUGAAACUUGGACAUUUAUGCAUAAGUCACAAUUGGAGUUAUUAACCUUUCUAAGUAGCGAUCAUACCUUGCAUUGAAAUCAUAGAUAGGUAUUCUUAUCAAAAAUUCACUAAAGGACAUUCGACAUCGAGUACGCGAAAACGUGACGACUAGCUCUCAGCGUUACGUUCUAAUACAGAAAUAGGGAUUUGUAUUUGAUCAACUUAGCAGCCUGUGACUAUCUUACA